UAACCAAGCCAUGCCUUUACGAUUCAGAAGGCCUUUGUUACCUUUUAGUUUUUUGUGUUCAAGAAACCCCGCGAUGAUUCUUACAUUCAGCACACACAAAUGGCGCGGAUUGCAUACAGGAAAAAGUGAAGAAUGAGCUAACGAGCUUAAUGGGGAAGGAGAUUCGGACUUCAAAGCUUGCAAAGCAUUGAAAGGGGACUCGCUUCCUCAAUUGGGAAGGAACAUUACAGAAAUUUGCGGAAUAGUUGAAGCAGAGCUCCAAUGGAGACGACGCCUGAAGAAAGUGAAGACAAGAGCAUCACAACCUCAAUUUCACAACACUCCCUUAGUGUAUGGAGACGAAUUUUAGCAUUUUUUCCAUUGCCUCGUGCUUUCAGUUUUCUUUGGAAGCUUUCGGGUUUCCCUCGCCGGAGGAGUCGCAAGAUUGGUUUUCCUCUUCCUCAACGUUUGGAAUCGAUAAACUCUUCUGUUGGAUGUGUGCUCAUCGUAACUGGUUGAUGGAAACUGCAAUCAGUUUAACAGUAACAUGCUUGAAACCCGCGGAGGCAUCUAGACUGUAUGAUGUUUUGGAUGAUAUUUUGGAGCAUUGUUUCUUGAGUUUGUAUAAUAUUUGGAAGAACUUGCAGUUCUGGCAAUCUCGUGCAGAGGGUACAAAUGCUCAAAAAGCUUACUUUAUGAUUUGUGAGAGAGGUCCAAGGGCCUUUUUUAAUGGAACAGUGCAGUUAAUGCGCCAAAUUUGUAGGGAUGGUUUUUCUUUGCAACACGUAGCACAUGAUGCAUCUUGUUACAUAGCUGAGCGGAUAACUAUAUUGAGCUACCUAAGAAAUCAGCUUGCAGCUUUUGUGGCUCAGGUCUUUAUGAACACUGACAAUAUUGGGACAGAUUCAGGGAAUGAUCUACAAAAUCCCUUACCAUCAUUGUUGGUUGCAUUGAAUGGCUUAUUUCUCGAUCUAGAGACAUCAAUUUGUGAACUGCAUACAACACUUAAUAUGGAUUUCCAUGGCAGCUUUUCAUUUCCUCUAUUUAAAAAAUUACCGGAUGUGAACAAGGAAGGAUCUCAGUGGACGAGUUGUGAAAUUGGAGAUGCUAUCAACUUGCUUUGUCAGAACUUUCACAAGUUGGACAACGUCAUAUCUAUUAUUGUUCUUAAACAUCGAAAGCCAAAAAAAUUAACUCGGCACUGGCUUAAAUAUACUUGUGGUGCAAUUGGCCUCUCAGUCUGCUCUGUUUGGCUUCUUCAACAUAGUAAAUUAAUGGGGAGCAAUGACAUUGAGAACUGGGUUCGUGAAGCACAUAAUUCAGCAGCUAAAUUUUUCAAGGAUCAUGUACAACAACCGCUUAUUUCAAUUAGAGAUGAACUUUUUGCUACAUUUAGAAAGAGGCAUAAAGGUAUCAUGGAUGGUCAAGAUGUUCAGUUAACUACCGACUCACUGCGCAGGAUGUUACAUGCCUUCAGUGAGCACACGGAAGGUCGGAAGUUUGCAGAUGCUGCAUCAGAUGAAGAAAUGUUUGCGAAGGUUAUGUUCAGGUAUGAGAAAGAAUUGAAGCAUCCCGUUCAAAACCUUCUUAGUGGAGAACUGGCCCGUGCUUUGCUUAUCCAGGUGCAGAAGCUAAAAUUGGAUAUUGAGACGGCAAUGCUUGAGCUUGACCAGAUUCUCAAGGCAAAUGAAAUCAAUUUCGCUGUUCUAGCUGCAUUGCCAGCAUUCUUUAUCUCACUUCUUUUGUUGAUGCUUUUGCGUGCCUGGUAUAUGCAGGAUACCAGAGCUGAAGGGAAGGGAAGAGCUGCUCGGCUUCAGAGAAGGCUAUUAGUUGUGGAGGUGGAGAAAGCAAUUAUGCAAUACCAGAGUUUUGUUGACCAAGGACAUGUAAAAAAUGCAGAAAGUAGUUUUGGGUUACUGUUGUAUAGUUUGGGUCGACUAUACCAUGCUUCUGAGAAGCAUGCCAAAGCAACUGGUGAAUGGCUAGCUUUGAGGCAGGAUCUUCUGGAACUCGGGAAGCCCAGCCUUCCAACAAGAGAUAAACUCAUAAUUGCAUCGCGCAUUGAGCGAAUAUAUGAUUGUUUACUUCCUGCGUCGACACGUUUAUAACGCUCGACGUCGUCUUCUAUUCAACUCCCCAGGAACAUUCUUUUAUUUGCUUUAUGGAAGCUUUUCUCCCACUUCCUAGCCUGGUUUUGUAAGCUGCAUGUUGGCCCUGGUUAAAGCCUGUUUGUGUUGCCUUCAUUAUGGAAGAUGUGGAGUCUUAUCUUACUUUGUCAUUUAAACUGUCUUCAUGCACAUUAUACUCUGUAAGGAUACUCUUACAAAUGAUAGAAUGAACUACUGAAAAUCAUUGAUGGAUUCGUUGAA